CAUGAAAGGAAACGAGGGAGUUCAAGAGAGAGAGAAAUUCAUUCAUUCAUUGCCAUUGGUUUCCUCGAACAACCUCAAAGUUUCAAAUCCAGAAAAGAAAAUAAAACCACCUUCAUUCCCAUCCUUUCUUUCUGUCAAAUUUUACAUUAAAUUACAUGACAUGGCAUAACACACACCACACCACCCUCUCUUUAUAUAUCACACCCUACCCCUCAGAUUCAGACACCCAGUUGCUUCCUUUUAUUCCUGAAUCGUGUGCUGACAGUCAAGAAUAGUAGAGGAUCCAAAUCCAUAGAAGGGGGUUUUAUGACUCAUCCUAAACUUUAUGGAAACCUUUAAUGUGUACAAUGUAUGUAGACGCUAUUUAUGUCAAAGAGGUCAUGCUUCUUUUUUACACAAACAAGUUAAUCCAUGAAAUAAAAUUGCUAGCUUAAUAGUGAUCCGUAUAGAAGACUAGUGAACUUGUUUGCUAUGGCAACUCUGAGCAAUUCAACUAAUAUCUUUUGGCAAGAUUGUCAAAUAGGAAGGCCUGAAAGGCAGAAGCUACUUAACCAAAAGGGAUGUGUUGUAUGGAUUACUGGACUCAGCGGAUCAGGAAAAAGCACAUUGGCAUGCUCCCUAAGCAGAGAACUGCACUCAAGGGGAAAGUUAUCUUAUGUCCUUGAUGGAGAUAACCUUCGGCAUGGACUAAACAAGGAUCUUGGUUUUAAAGCUGAAGAUCGCACUGAAAAUAUUCGCAGAACUGGAGAAGUGGCAAAACUCUUCGCUGAUGCUGGUUUAAUAUGUGUUGCUAGUCUGAUAUCUCCUUACAGAAGAGAUCGAGACACUUGCCGUGCCAUGUUACCUGAUGCAAAUUUUAUUGAGGUUUUCAUGAACAUGCCUCUAGAAUUGUGCGAGGCACGAGAUCCAAAAGGCCUCUAUAAGCUUGCUCGUGCAGGGAAAAUCAAAGGUUUUACCGGCAUUGAUGAUCCUUAUGAACCGCCCAUAAAUUGUGAGAUUGAAAUAAAGCAGGAAAAUGGGAAUUGUCCAACACCUACUAUGAUGGCUGGACAAGUAGUUACUUACUUGGAGAAUAAAGGAUUUCUUGAAUCUUAGAGUUUUUAAGUUUUAUUAUUCUCUAAUAAUGGUGUUUCUUCUAAAUGAAGUUAAAAAGGAAUCCUAGGAAGUGCAGGUAGGAGAGUGGUGAGAGGAUAAAUGGACUUGUAAAGUUCAUCAAGUAUAAAUAAUAAUUAAUAAUUGUUGCAAUUCAUUCUAUAGGUUGAUCAAGAAUUUCAGUAUAUUUUUCGGCGUUUGAUA